AUGCAAGCUGUCGAACAGAAUCUGGAAUUGGUCUUCCCACCGGAAGUCAUCCCUGCUUCAUACACCUGGAAUAUCCUGUCAUCGGCGCAGCAGGAAAACAGCUCAAUGGAUGUCUUGGAUCUUUUCCUCGCGUCGCCAUCCCGUUCGCCCGUUCUCGACGAGAGCCACACUCGCAAACAAAGUGAUAUAAACAUGGCACAGGACAUCUUCUCCUAUCCCAUGGCGAAUGACUUCACUUCGGGCCAGUCGUCGGUCAGUUAUGCCAGCAGCGUGCAGUCGGAUGACUUCUGGACCGCCGAGGGCACCGCAUCCGAAGUCCCGGAACUACCGUCAACCAUUACGCCGGCCAACUCUACGACAGUGGAUCGCAGACAUCGGCGACGCGAACAGAAUCGCAAAGCCCAAAGCAACUUCAGGCAGAAGAGGAAGGAAGAGGUGCGCAGUCUCCAGCGCGAGGUGGAAGAACUCCGAGCUCAGCUUGCCGCCUAUCACAGGAGAGGCCCGACGGCCAAUCUGACCAUUUGCACGAAGUGUCGGACCUUUUAUCCUGCAGCUGUCGCGGAUGCGUCGCACGAUUCCAACAAUGCAGACCUAUUCAGCUAG